UUCCCCAAGUUAACAACCACAUAAAAACCCUCCCUCCAAUUCGUUUCAAUUUCAAACCCCAUCUAAAAACCACUAACCCCUGUUCAGUUUUUCAGUUAAAUAAACGCGCCAUCGGAACUUCACUUGAAUCACAUUGCAUUCCACCCCUUUUCUUCUUCUUCUUCUUCUUCUUCUUCUUCUUCUUCUUAACUCAACCAUGGAAAACGCGAGUGUUAUAAUACCAAUAUCUAUUAUUCUACUAUCUUUCAUCUUCUUAUGCGGUCCCUCAACUGCACAACCACAACCACAACCCGCUAUUCCUCCUUCUCCUUCUCCUCCACCUCUAGCUCCUGCAUUGUUCGUCAUCGGUGACUCCUCCGUUGAUUCCGGUACCAACAAUUUUCUUGCUACCUUUGCUCGCGCCGAUCGUCUUCCUUAUGGCAGAGACUUUGACACUCAUCAACCCACUGGAAGAUUCUCCAAUGGUAGAAUUCCCGUCGAUUUUCUUGCUUCGCGUCUUGGACUUCCUUUUGUGCCAAGUUAUCUUGGGCAGAGAGGGAAUGUGGAGGAUAUGAUUCAUGGUGUCAAUUAUGCUUCUGCUGGUGCAGGAAUUAUUGUCUCAAGUGGCUCUGAAUUGGGUCAGCAUAUCUCCUUAACUCAGCAGGUUCAACAAUUUACUGACACAUUUCAGCAGCUUAUAAUAAGCAUGGGAGAGGAUGCUGCAAAGACUCUCAUAUCCAAUUCCAUUGUUUAUAUCUCUAUUGGAAUCAAUGACUACAUUCAUUACUAUUUGCUCAAUGCAUCCAAUGUUGAUAAUUUGUUCCUUCCAUGGCACUUUAACCGGUUUUUAGCAUCUUCACUCAUGCGAGAAAUAAAGAACUUGUACAACUUAAAUGUUAGGAAAAUGGUGGUCAUGGGACUUGCCCCUAUUGGUUGUGCCCCUCGCUAUAUGUGGGAGUACGGUAUUCAGAAUGGAGAAUGUGUUGAACCGAUAAAUGACAUGGCCAUUGAGUUUAACUUUCUCAUGAGAUACAUUGUUGAAAAGCUUGCUGAGGAGCUCCCUGAUGCCAAUAUCAUCUUCUGUGACGUGUAUGAAGGUUCAAUGGAUAUUUUAAAGAAUCAUGAUCAAUAUGGCUUUAACGUCACGUCCGAGGCUUGCUGUGGAUCCGGGAAGUACAAGGGUUGGUUGAUGUGCUUAUCGCCUGAAAUGGCGUGCAGUAACGCAUCCAACUAUAUCUGGUGGGACCAGUUCCAUCCAACUGAUACAGUGAAUGGAAUUUUGGCAGCCAAUAUAUGGAAUGGUGAGCACGCUAAAAUGUGCUAUCCUAUGCACUUACAGGACAUGGUAAUUCAGAAGGCAAACUGAUACUGUUUGAUGUUAGUUUACCACAUU